AUUCUCAUCUGAAGAUGCCGAUGCAGGAACGGAAAAACAAGAGAGGACAUGUUGAAUAUUUUGUCAGCGGUCGACACUUAAACCUGGAUGAUUUGAAACAUGAAGCUCAAAAUGUGAGAAACAAGUACCUUCCCAUCGAAAACAUCCCGGAUUACCCCCAACCGGAGUUCCAUGUGGCUCAUCUGAAACACGAAACAGACGAAGAGGGGCUAAAUGGCAUCAAGAAGGAUGAGGGCUUCAAGUUUCCUCACUCAGACUCUGAUAAUCCACACAAGUUCUUCCUGCAGUGGUGGAGUCUGGCUGUCAGUCCUGAGGAGGUGAAUUCAGCUGAGACGAGGUUCCUGCAGCAGAAAUUCUCCAGCCUUACAGAGGAUCAGGCCGCCAUACAUUCCAGCUUCUUCUUUAAGUUUACCACCUCUCCAGCCUUCUCAGAGUGCUCCAGGCUGGGCUCGUACCGCUUCACCUGCCCCCUGGAGGAAGUCCUGGAUGCCUACCGCCAGCAGUUUUGCUCUGGGGAUCAGCCGGUCAUGAGGCUGUACGAAACUGUCCUGCACCCAAAGGAAGUGCAGCAUACUGUGUUGGUCCACAGUCCAGCCAAUCAGGAGGACUUCUCCGAGUAUCCUCUGCUGACUGACGACCCGAACGCCAUCUGUGUUUACAAAGAUGGCCGCUUCAUCUGGAGGCCAUACGCCAUCUGUAGUGAACACAGGCACAAGCUGAUCUGCAAAUCUAAGACAAAGGAGAUGGACGUUCAGCAGCUUACUUGGAAAGACAAAGUGUAUUAUAUUUGGGAUAAUGUCGCCAUCGCCCUGCAUGUGGGCGAACAGGUGCUGAGGUUUGAUACCGACCAACUGAGAAAGAACCUCAAAUUCUGUGACAAAAAUUAUCCAGCAAUUGUACCAACAGGGAGAUUCAAUAAUUUCGAGGAGGCUAAAAUAGCGGUUGGACGUUUGUGGCCUGACUGUGACUUCCCAUUGGAAAAGGAGAGUUCACUGGAGCAGCGAUUCACUGUGCAAAACCUCCGACUGGUUCUUGUUGGGAGGUCUGGAUCAAGGAAGAGCUCCAGUGGAAACAUCAUACUGGGAAGAGAUGCCUUCAGCGCAGGGAACGCUCAGUGCUGUCUGCAGACGGAGAAGGUGUUCAGCUGGGAGCUGACUGUCGUCGACACUCCUGGACUCUCAGAAACGCCCGAUACGCAGACGGAGAUCUUAAAAUGCAUCGACAUGUCGGCCCCGGGGCCCCACGCCAUCCUGCUGGUCAUCAAGGUGGAGACCCUCGACAAUGAAGGAGAAGACAUCGUGAGGCAGAUGGAGAAGAUCUUUGGAGAGAACGUCUGGAGGCACACCUUCGUAGUCCUCACCUUCGAGGACGGGGCGGAGAGAGACGGCAAUAUUCUGAAUGAAACCAAAACCAAAGUGGGGAAGAUUCUGGACUGGGAAGUAGGUGAGAGAUACUACGUCCUCAACAACAAGCAGCAGGUCUGGGAUCUGCUGGAUGAGUUGGCCACGAUGGUCUUUGAAAACAGAGAGAAAUUCUACUCUGUCCAGAACCGAGUCAGCAAGAGAAAGAUCACCGAUGUUGAUGGUGCAAUUACAGAUUGACGGAAAAUCUGAUUUUAUGCACUGAUUUAUUCCACAGAUGUGUAAAAUAUCCUACAUCUUUUUUAUUCAUUUUUAAAAUUAGAUGCUUUAUUGCAUUUUUUCUUUCUUUCAAAAGAAAAGCAGAAUGACACACUACAAAAUCAAAACUUAGCAAAUCACGAAGUAACUUUCCACUAAAGUGAUGCUUAAAGUUUCCAUCUGGCAUUAACAGACUGAGGAGCUCUAAGGAACCAAACACCUUCACUGCCACUGAGGAACCAGUCUAGGUGAAGGUGUUUUAAAUACUAGACGAUCGAUUAGCUUCUCUGCUAUCUGUAGUUCUGAAAGUGAGAAGAACGUAAUUCUGCAAAUUCUUUACUUAUUCUAUUUAGUUCCUAGAAUGUUCUUCUUAAAAGUCGGAUGGCUGAAGAUGUUCUAAAAAUGUUUGAUAAUGUUGUUGGAGCGUUACACCCCGACGUUCUCAAAGCAGACUCUUCCACUGAGAACAUUCUUCCUUUGUUGUCGUGGAACAUUGUGGGAACGUUUAAUACAUCCUAUAAUGCGUUUCCUCAACAGAUCAUUGGAGCCAGAAUGUAGAAGGUCAAACAUGACAUUUCAGGUACGUUUUAUUAAAGUGAUCUGAGUUCUAAAGAAGGAAAUGACCGAGGUACGUAUACGUAGCUAAUUUAUUGUGAGAAAUCUGUGUUUCUUUCUACUGUAGGUCAGAGUGUUUUUUUAAAGUGUUUAUUUUUUUUUCUUGUCAGUGUGAAUCUUUAUCCUCUUUAACUUCAUUUCAAUUUAUUCCUUCAUUUGGAAAUAUUUGAUUUACUAUCUUGGUAUUUGGUCUUUUGUCCACUUUGCAGGUCGACAUGAACACUACAUUAAGCUAAAUUAUAUUAUGAAAUAAGGAUAGAUCGUAAUUUAUAUGUCAGUGUCUAUGAGAAAAUAAAGAUAUCCACUUCU